AUGACGGGGUUCGGGUCACCGUGCGGAGCGUGCAAGUUCCUGCGGCGCAGGUGCGCGCGCGGCUGCGUCUUCGCGCCCUACUUCUGCGACGAGCAGGGCGCGGCGCACUUCGCCGCCAUCCACAAGGUGUUCGGCGCCAGCAACGCGUCCAAGCUGCUCGCGCACCUGCCGCUCGCCGACCGCCCGGAGGCCGCCGCCACCAUCUCCUACGAGGCGCAGGCGAGGCUGCGCGACCCCACCUACGGCUGCGUCGCCCACAUCUUCGCGCUCCAGCAGCAGGUGAUGGCCCUGCAGACGCAGCUGGCGUCGCUCACGGUCACGGCGCAGGGGCAGCAGCGCGUGCACGACGUCGACGACGCCAAGGGCUACGUGGGCACCGCCGCCGCGGGGCAGCUAGGGUGCAGCAGCAAUGGAAGCGUCGCGCCGGCCACGUACGGCAAUGUCGGGCACGAGUCCCUGACCGCGCUGCUGAGGUCGGAGUCGGACUACUUGCAGCAGUCGCCGUGCCACGCGUUCGAGCACGCCGGCGCGGACGACAAGGACGACGACGGCCGGCAGGGGAACACCUUCGACUUCGAGGCAGCGGCCGACUCCUCGUCGUUCGGGGCGGAGGAGAGCGGGUGGAGGUCGUUGUCAGGGUACCGAGACUGCGAGGACCUGCAGAGCGUGGCUUAUGCUUACCUGAACCAUCUCUCUUAA